AGCAACAAUACAAAUAAAACGUUUAGCAAUUGUAAUGUAAACAAUAAAUUCAAUACAUAUUAUUGUCUGUAAUACACAGAACAAACAAAUAAAUUUUUUAAACGUGUCUUGUCGCUGCUUUGUCUGUAACGUAGCCGUGAUUUUGUAAUGACAAAUUUGGCGGAACAGGUGACUUUAACUUCGACGGAUGCUGUGGCGGUAGAGUCGUCGUCGACGUCACCGAGAUCAACAACUCAAAAUAAUUCACAAACAAUAACAGCUGCAGACGGGUCGGCGUCUGCGGCAUCGUCGUCGUCGGUGGAGGUGGUUUCCGUUUCGGGGCAGACGUCCGAUCCGGACGAGAUCGAGACCAUCUCCCGGCAAAUCCGUCGAGCGCUGGAAUGUCCAAUAUGCCUGACACUCAUGUCGGUCAUAUCGUGCUACUGCCCCAACGGGCACGCUGUGUGCGAACCGUGCAUGCUGACGCUGCUGAACUUAAACAGCGCCCGAGAAAAUCCCUGCCCGCUGUGCCGGACGUUGAUGUUUCAGUCAUCGGGAACGUCGGCUAUGAUCUUCAAACUGACCGAGUUAUCUACUCUGGUGAAGGUGAAGUGCUCCAACUGGCAGCACGGGUGCACUGAACUGAUUCCCGUCCGGUACGUCAGCGAUCACGAGUCCAAAUGCCCGCACGUGCCGACCGUCCGGUGCCAGGUGACCAUGUGCCAGUGGAUGGGCAUGUACGAACAGUUGUUCGAGCACGUGUCAAGUUCGCAUCCCGGCGUCACUGUCCGAACUGUGCAAAACCAGCUGAAAGUGGACGAUUUAAAAGACUUAAUAAAGAAUCGACGCCGGAUAUACUUGGUCCAGUCGAUGUACGGUAUGAUCUGGGUGAUGAUGUCCCGGAUCGCUCGAUCUCGCAUCCAGGCUGCACUGUUCAUGGUGAACGACCAACGUAGCGAAAAGAAUGACGUCAACAAAGUGCCACCGGACGUACGAUACCGUAUCACGUGUUUCGACAAAGACGACCGCUUAAGGACGAAAAGCAGGACGAGAGUGAUUAACUGGAGCACGUUAUUACAGUCUGCAGAAUGCCAGAACAUUUUGACCGGAAUGUACACGACGUUCCGAGUCACGACGAUUGAUCACAUGGUGAUAAAUUGGUUUCGAUACCCGAUGAACAAUCAAAAUCGUACCCCGGCUACACAUUAAAUCGUGAAAUGUUUCGUUUUUAUUGCGCCGUGGAAGUAAUGCGUAAGCGGUUCCCACGGCGUCGUCGAUUUAAAACCGAAAAAAAAAGUUUCAGGUACAUGCAAACGAGACAACCGACAGCUGAGCGGUAACGAACGAAUAAAUUGUCGUAUUGGGAGUUGAGACCUACUAUAUUUGACCAGUGACCACAAAACUACAUCAGUUGGAUGUGACUUGUAAGAGUACCUGCUGACAGCUACAUUACUAUAAAAAUAAAAAUAAUUGGAGAUAAAAUUUUGUAUACAACGUAUCAGAACAUAAAUAUAUAUUAUGCGAACUUCGCGUAUAUACGGUA